UCCCACAUACUGUACACUAGCGGGAAGCUGAGCUUGACAACACACCGUUAUCAGUUUCACUGUGGCACUGCAGAGAUGCAAAACAUCAGAUUUCCCUGGUGGAGAACUUCUAGAUCUACUGAGAAGAAGCAACACCAAGUUGGGUGAAGACAAGAGAAACCUUUAAAAACUCUGGGAUAUAAAUUGGAGAGUGAUAUGGCUGACCUUGUGCCAGGACUACUCAUUUGUUUGAUGGCGGUGCAGACAAUUCAGCAUGAUGGAAACAGAACCAGGACACAAACCAAUAGUUCACUAUUGCCAAGAACCUACAUGGGGAGGACCAACAAACAAAAUAACACAAAGCUGCCAGCCAGCACAAACCCACGGCUGUCUGUGAACUCGGAGGACACGGUGACAGCCUACACCAAAGGGGUCCUCAGCACCUGGGUCAUACCUUCAUCAUACAUUCUGGCCAUGCUGGUGGGUAUCCCCUCCAACACCUACAUUCUGGCCUUUCUCAGAUACCGAGCAAAGUCCUUCUCUACAGCAGUUCUUUACCUGAACCUGGCUAUGUCCGACCUGCUGCUCCUGCUCACUCUGGCACUGCGUGUUCACUACCACUUCAACGGAAACAACUGGACAUUUGGGGAAAUCUCCUGCCGGCUUAUCACUGCAUUGUUUUAUGGCAACGUUUAUUGUUCAGCUCAAACUAUAGCAUGCAUCAGUCUGAAGCGCUACCUGGCUGUGGUCAGACCAUUUUUGUACAGAAGGCUGGCUAAAACGACGCUGGCAUUGUGGACGUGUUUGGUUGUCUGGUUCCUGUUUGGGGCUGCUAUCGUCCCUGAGCUGCUGGUCAGGCAGAGCUACCAGGUUACCCAGCUGGGAGUCAUCACCUGCCAUGAUGUACUUCCACUAGAAGAAAAAUCCCAUGCCCUGCUGGUGCCAUACAGGCUGAUGCUGGUUUGUCUGGGCUUGGUAGUGCCCUUCCUAAUUUGCAUCUAUGCCCAUGUGGCGGUGGUCUACCACCUAGGUCAAUCAGGUUGUGACUGGAGGCCGUUUAUCAGGGUCACCACUGUGGUUUUCAUCAUCUUUGUGUUGUGUUUUUUGCCCAGCGGCAUCUUGCAGAUCACCCACUACAUCCGCCUGUUUUCUAAUGGGGAUGACAGCCUGUAUGGAUACUACAGAGUAGCAGUGUGUCUGUGCUGCUUCCACAGUUGUCUGGAUCCCUUCCUGUGUAUGCUCAUUUCCAGGACGGCAGCCUCAGAAAUACAAUUCACCUCCCUCCAUGGGAAACCUAAGAGAUCGGCAGUUAUGAUGUGAGUGUGUGUGUGUGUGUGUGCGUGUGUGUGUGUGUGCACUCAGAAAAAAACCUUGCAGGACCAUUGUUGGGAACCAGCAGGGAAGCAUAAGCCCAGAAACAAAGAUGUGAAAGUUAAAACUGGAUGCUGUGAAUCUAACAGGGUGACACUGCAACCUCUCUUACGUCCAAAACAAGAAGGAGCUCUGUGAAGUCAGUUGAAUCUUAGGAUCAGGAAAGGGACAUUUUGACUGUGAAUCCUAAACAAACUGAUCAGACGAGCAAAAUCUCAGAUUGGGACAUUGUUGGCGUGUUGACAGAUCAUUUUGCCUUGGCCUUGUGACAUUUACACAACAUUUAAUCUUUCCCUUCCAGUUUUCAGUUACAUGUAUGUGUAUAUAAGAGUUCUAUAUUAACAAGCAUUUGAGAUUUGUAAUGAUGCCGUAAUGUAAACUGGAGCCAUGUCAGGAAUGUGAGGCUACUGUGCAAGUCCAAUAAAACUAACGAUUAGAAUGAGAUGAAGUUUUGACUUUUUCUUUCUUUACAUAAAUCCUAUAUACAUCUCUACAUGAAAAUGUGACUUCCUAGUUAA